AUAAAGUACAUCUUCUUGCCCUAUAAAUUUGUCCUAAGCAACUGCCAAUUACAACAUUCAUUCAAUCCCAACAAACAAAGCAACACUUGAAAGAAAAAACACACACAAACACUCUCAAUAACAACAAAAACAAACAAACAUGGCAACUAUAACUUCCACUUUAUUAACUCAAGAAUUCAUGGAGAAUUUCCACUAUUCAAGAAGACUACUUCUAGCAGCCACCCCACAAUACCACCCUGAUACCACCCUGGCACCAACAGAUCUAUCACAAGGGGACACCGCCAAUACAUUUGAUGCACAUGUUGUGAUGGUACUAUCAGUACUAUUAUGUGCUUUAAUUUGUUCACUUGGCUUGAAUUCAAUCAUAAGAUGUGCGCUAAGAUGCACUAGCUUGGUAUCAGCAUCAGACUCAUCCUCAAUCCCUACAAACCUUUCAGCAACGAAGCUGAAAAAUAAUGGGAUCAAGAAAAAAGCCCUCAAGAUGUUCCCAAUUAUAACAUAUACUACUGAGUUGAAACAUCCAGGCCUCGACUCUGAAUGUAUCAUUUGCUUAUCAGAAUUCGUAGCUGGAGAGAAAGUUAGGGUUUUGCCCAAGUGCAACCAUGGGUUUCACGUCAAGUGUAUCGAUAAAUGGCUCAAUUCACACUCUUCUUGCCCUACUUGUAGACACUGCCUCAUUGAAACUUGUCAAAAAAUUGUCAAUGGUGGUAGUUCUAUUUCAACUACAACUACAAUUUCAAACCCUCAAGUAGCUAGAAAUAGUACUUCAUCAGCAGUAGCAGUACAAGAAAUUAGUAUACGGAUUGAACCUCUCCAACGUGAAGGUGUGAUAUCUAGCAUUAAUUAGGUUGAAAACAAUUAGUUUAGUAUCUAGAGUUCAAUUGAUUGAUAUGUAACAUACACUCAACUAGUAGCUGAUUGAUAUGUAACAUACACUCAAUUAGUAGCUUUCUUGUAAUCAUUCAAUUGAUUAUAGGUAGGAAUCAAACCUUUGCUAAUAAGGUGAAAGUUCAGAUAUAGUCAAUUAAGUGAGUUGCUAAAAUUCCCGUUUCUUUUAUCUUUAAAUUUAUUUUGAGGAAAAUUUAGGUAGAUAGCAAAAGCCAAAAGGCCAAUGCCUAUGUAGAUUUUUAAGGGGUUCGUUGGUUUGGCUGCAAAACUUUUGCAAAUUGUAUCAUCAAC